AUGCUUCUUCACAUUGUCAAGCCCUUUGCGUCGCUGUUUCUCGUGGAUGUAUCCGUGGUUUUCUUGGUGGCUCGCCAGCAUCUCGUCUCGCCAGUGAACAUCGUAGCAAACCCACAGUCAUGUCGAAUCGCUUCGUCAAGUCGUAAAUACUCUCUGCCCACUCUCUUCGCACUUCGAGGCCUUCUGUACCGGAGGUUCUGUGCCGCUGUCUCUCGCACUGGCCCUUCAGAGGGCACCCGCCUUCGCGCUCCCGCUCCUCCCACUACCUUAAGGCAACAUUCCCACUUCUUCCCCUCCUGCUCUUUUCUACUUCCCACACAACCACCGCACAGUAAUUUCACGUUGUUAAUUUUUGUGUUCCGACUGAACUUUCUCUACCGCUUGAAAACUGACCUCGUCGUUGCUGCUCAGCUCUUCCAAGUUCUCCCCACUACAUUCUGCACUUCAAACACUGCUUCUUCGUCUACCGCAAGACGCUCUUCAAGUCUUCGUUCAUUCCAAGAACUGCCCAGCAUGGUCAUUGUCAUUGACAUUCCCCUUCCCGGCGGCCGCGGUAUCCGCUUCAACAUCCAGGAGUGGAUUGUCAUCCUUAUCUUCAUCCUGAUCUUCCGAGCCUGGGGAUGGCCCAUGGUCGUCCGUCGCUGGCCCCUGGCUUUCGCCUGGCCCUGGCGCGAGGACGAUUAUGUCUUUUAA